UGUAGGAUGAAGUCCAAGGUAUCCAAAUCCAACGUCUUGACCAUCAUCGCCACGCGUAAAAUAGGGCAACCCAAGCGGAGUUUGGAGAAUCAACGACGUGACAAUGUCUUCCUCCAUGUCUCUGCUGCUUGGCCCAUCCCCACUCCCUACACUCUUCAUCAUACUCAUCCUACCUCUCUCUUUACUACUGCUGCUCCGUCUAGGACUCAAAAGAAACAACCUCCGUGCAAGGACCCAUGGCAUGCCCCCUUCCCCGCCCAAGCUUCCCUUCAUAGGCAACUUCCAUCAACUCGGCUCUCUCCCUCACCGCUCCCUCCACGCCCUGUCGCAGAAGCAUGGCCCCCUCAUGCUGCUGCACUUGGGUCAGGUGCCAACCCUCGUGGUCUCGUCGCCGGAUGGCGCCCGAGAUGUCAUGCGCAACCACGAUCAAGUCUUUGCCAGCCGGCCUGCUCUAAAGCCGGCCAAAGUCCUCUUCGACGAGUACAAGGACUUGGGCUUCGCGCCCUACGGUGAGCACUGGAGGCAGCUCAGGAAGAUCUGCGUCGCCCACCUCUUGAGCUCCACAAGAGUGCAGUCUUAUCGGCUCAUCAGGGAGGAGGAGGUGGGUUUCAUGAUCAGGAAGAUCUCCUCUCAAGCUUCCCCUACGACGACGAGCGUCGACAUGUCGGAGAUCUUGUACUCCCUCGUCAACGAUAUCCUAUGUCGAGUUGUUUCGGGGAAGUUCACCAGAGAAGAGGGGAGGAACGUGCUGUUCCGCGAGCUGGUCCAGGAGAAUUCGGUGCUACUGAGCAAGCUCUACGUGGGGGACUACUUCCCAUGGCUGGGUUGGGUGGAUGUAUUGUUUGGCUCUAUGGAGAGAGCCAAGAAGACCAAGAAGAGAUGGGAUGAUUUGCUUGAUGGGGUGAUCCAAGAACACGAAGAUCGAUCAGCAAAAGGUGAUGAUGAUGACAAGGACUUCGUGGAUGUCCUGCUCUCUCUUCGGGAGGAUCCACGGAAUCACACUCUCCUUACUCCACAAAAUAUGAAGGCACUUCUGAUGGAUAUAUUCAGCGCUGGCUCGGAUACAUCGUCUGCAAUCUUGGAGUACGCCAUGGUGGAGCUCGCUCGGAGUCCAACAACGAUGAGAAAAUUACAAGAUGAAGUGAGAGGGAUAGGUUGCGGGAAAGAAUUAGUUAAAGAGGAGGAGGCGAACGAGAUGAUGUACUUGAAGGCUGUGAUCAGAGAAGUGUUCCGCCUGCACCCCUCGGUACCAUUAUUGCUGCCACGAGAACUGAUGGAGGAUUGCCGCAUAGAAGGAUACAAGAUUCCCCAAAAAACACGAGUGCUAGUGAAUGUAUGGACCAUAGGCAGAGAUCCCAAGUACUGGGAAGCACCACAAGAAUUCAAGCCGGAGAGGUUCAUGGAGGGUGGUGCAGUGGACUUCAAAGGAAAUGAUUUCCAGUUCACUCCAUUUGGAGCAGGAAGAAGAAUUUGUCCCGGAAUGACCUUUGCCAUCGCCUCUUUAGAGCUCGCGCUGGCAAACCUGAUUUAUCACUUUGACUGGGAGUUGCCUGGUGGACUGACAAGUGAGGAUUUGGACAUGAGCGAGGCUUUAGGGUUGGUGCUCCGAAGAAAACAAAGACUUCAUCUUGUUGCUAAACCAUGGAGUCUUCAGCAAGAGAAGAAGCUUUAGACCUUUCUCUCUCUCUCUCUCUCUCUCUCUCUCUCUCUCUCUCUCUCUCUCUCUCUCUCUCUCUCUCUAUAUAUAUAUAUAUAUAUAUAUAUAUAUAUAUAUAUAUAUAUAUAUAUAUAUAUACAUAUACAAAUAUAUAUAAAUAAGCAAGAAGUGAAAAAAUAUUUGUCAUUGUAUGCUUUGAUCUGAACAAAAAGAUGGGUGAUGUCACGUAUUGGAUACAAUCAUCUUGAACACAAUCUUGUCAAUCCAAAAAGAUCUACUGCUUGUUUA